AUAAGCUCAUCAGCUUUCGACACUGAAGCCUCUGUCAUCUCUUUCACGGUCGAGUCCAAACAAAACUAAAGUUAAAAAAAAUGUACAAGUCUUUGGAUUCCCUGUCCUUUAAAGAUGUGGUGGCAUCGGGGAUUCCGAUUGAACUUGCGGGAGAAAUUCACCGGAAGGUGACGGAGAUCGUUCGUAAUUACGGAUCUGCCUCGCCGGAGACUUGGAGCCGAAUUUCCAAACAUGUCCUUACCCCUACUCUCCCUUUCUCUCUUCAUCAACUAAUGUACUACGGUUGUUACAAAGAUUUCAAACCCGACCCUCCUGCUUGGAUUCCCGACCCGGAGAGUGCAUUGUUAACAAAUGUUGGGCGUCUGUUGGAGAGGCGUGGAAAAGAACUCCUGGGCUCCAAAUACGACGACCCUAUAUCUAGUUUCCCUCAUCUUCAGGAAUUUUCGGUCUCAAAUCCUGAGGUUUAUUGGGAAACUAUACUGGAUGAAUUGUGUGUAUAUUUUUCGGUUCCUCCUGAUUGUAUCUUACAGAGUCCCUCUGAAGAUAGCUGCAUAUCGAAUCCAGGGGGUAAAUGGCUUCCUGGAACUUUUCUGAACCCCGCGAAGAACUGCUUGGUUGUUAAUAGUAAGAGAAGUUUGGAUGACAUAGUAAUAAGAUGGCGUGAUGAGGGAGGGGAUGAUCUGCCUGUGAAAAGCAUGAAACUCAAGGAAUUGCAGACGGAGGUUUGGUAUGUUGCUCUUCAUCUCAUAGAUCCAGUGUUUGUUCAUAGUUGCUUCUAUUAUCAUUAUUUUUCUUUCGGUAUGCAUAAUUACAGUUAA